AUGAAUAUUUCUCAAGAAGUGGAAGAAUGCGGGUUUUUUGAGGGAUACACACUUCAGCGUUUCAUCAUCAUUACAGCCUUCUCAACGGUUUCUCUUUUCGGUGUACUGGCUAAUACUUUGCUGAUGGCCGUCUUUUGGAGGACUCUUCCUGUUUCCGUACAUUUAGCCUGUCUUGCAUCAAUGGAUAUGCUCAUAUGUCUUACAUAUCUGCUACUAUUUGGUGUAGAUGCCGGAUUCGUUUAUCUCAAAGACAAGACGUUAUUUUUCCUUUACCAUCGCUACAUUGUGCCGAUAUUCUUCAUAGCAAAGACUGUUCAGUUUGCUAUACCAUUUCUUCUUAUUCUUAUAACACUUGAAAGAUAUGUUUGGACUACAAAAAAGAGGACCAGGUGCUCUAUUUUACUUUGA